AUGGCUUCAUUGCCAAAAGAAAAGAAGUUGACGACACCGAGAAAAUGUGACAUAUGUCAGAAAGGUGUUGGAAUCACAUCAUGUUCUGGAUGUGAACAGAUGUUCUGUCGAAAAGACUUCAACGAACAUCGACAACAACUCUCAACACAACUCGACAUCAUCAUCAGCGAUGUUGACCUUCUCAAACAAAGCAUCGAACAGACAUGUGAUGCCACUACUGCAAAGGUGUUCGAUGCGAUUGAGAAGUGGGAGGUGGAGUGGAUGAAGAAAGUGAAGAUGGCUGCUGAUCGUGCACGAGAAGAAGCGUUUGACAUUGUUGCUGAGCCGAAGAACCAGCUGAAACGAAUCACAGAUGACAUUAGAACGAGAAUGGCAGAGGAGAACUAUGUGGAGUACGAUCUCGAUCAAUGGAUGGAUGAAAUAAAGCAACUGAGUAUAGAUAUGAAGGCCGUGUCACCGACAGUUGUCUUCGAAAGUGGUGAUGAGUGUGAGUGGAAGAGAAUGAUCAAAGUGGAAAAGGUAGAGCAUCAGAGUCAUGUGUCCAGGUCACCACAGAGAAGUGAGAAGAGAGACAGUGAAGUGAAACAAUUCGACUUCAACAAACUCACGAACAGACCUCAGAGACAGAUCAAAGCGGAUGGAAGUUAUGGGGCGAUGGGAUCAUCUGGUACGAACUUGCUCUACUGUAGUGGUAACACUACAGUAUGUUUAACUGAUGGAACUGAUCACGAUACAAACACACUUCGGUGGACUGAGGAUGGUAUCCUGGAUAUCUGUUGGUCAUCAUUUCUUGGCAGAUUUUUGAUAUUAACUGGGAGAGCUCUUCAUUCGUUGAAUGCCGAAACAAAUGAAGUGACACAAAUCAAACAAGUGUCAGACAAGAAUGCAGCAAACUUUUGCAGAUGUACAUGUUCAAAUCAAACAUUGUUGGUGAGUUUUCACGGUAAAGGAUCAGUUGUUGAAGAGUGGGAUAUGAAUGAAGAAUGGAAAACGACGAAACGUUGGCAACCACCUGUGUCCUGUCAACAGAAUGAGGGGAUUGUAGAUAUUCGAUUUUCAUGUGAUGGCAGUCAUUUAGGACUAACAGUUUAUCUGUAUAGUCAAUACAAUCAGUUUCAUGUACGAGAUCGAUCAAUGAACAUCCUCAACAACAUCACAUUUCCUCCAUCGAGAAUCGGGUAUCUUCUUCUCUCUCUUCCAGAUGGACAAUGGCUCACACAUGAGUGGGAUAAUAAACAAAUUCAUAUGAUUGACAGAGAUGGUAAAUUAGAACAAACUCUCACAUAUGAUAAGAGUAUACAGCGAACUGCACUAAUUGGACGACGAUGUCUUGUUAUUCGAACAUAUGCUCAUGAACUGUGUUUUCAUGAUUUAUGA